UCUGCUUUAAAAAAAACAGACACAGACUCAAUCUGAGAUAAAACUCCCACCGUACACAUAGCACAAACCUGGAGCCAGGAGACGGGACAGCAGUGCUUAUCAACAUUGCUGCAAAUAUGCUGUACUUGGAGAAUGCAGCACAGUCACAAUACAGUGAGCCUCAGUACACAAACCUGGGGCUCCUUAACAGCAUGGAGCAGCAGAUACAGAAUGGAUCUUCAUCCACCAGCCCCUAUAACAACGAUCACACCCCCAAUGUCACGGCACCCUCACCGUACGCUCAGCCCAGCUCCACCUUUGAAACACUCUCUCCAUCGCCUGCCAUCCCCUCAAACACAGAUUACCCAGGUCCACAUGGCUUUGAUGUUUCAUUCCAACAGUCCAGCACAGCAAAGUCUGCAACAUGGACGUAUUCUCCAGAACUCAAGAAAUUAUACUGUCAGAUUGCCAAGACAUGUCCAAUCCAGAUCAAAGUGAUGACACAACCACCACAAGGUGCUGUGAUUCGGGCCAUGCCAGUGUACAAGAAGGCAGAGCAUGUUACUGAAGUGGUGAAACGAUGCCCAAAUCAUGAGCUGAGUCGAGAGUUCAAUGAUGGUCAAGUGGCCCCACCAAGUCACCUAAUCCGAGUGGAGGGAAGCAGCCAUGCCCAGUAUGUUGAGGACCCAAUUACUGGGAGGCAAAGUGUCAUGGUGCCCUAUGAACCACCACAGGUUGGCACUGAAUUCACCACAAUCCUGUAUAACUUCAUGUGUAACAGCAGCUGUGUUGGAGGAAUGAACCGGCGUCCUAUCCUCAUCAUUGUCACCUUGGAAAACAGGGAUGGUCAGGUUCUUGGCCGCCGCUGCUUCGAAGCCCGUAUUUGCGCUUGUCCUGGCCGUGACCGCAAAGCAGAUGAAGACAGCAUUCGCAAACAACAAGUGACAGAAGGAACAAAAGGUGUCGACACUAGCAAGCGACUCCGUCAUGUGAAUCAGGGGAUCCAGGUAGCCUCAAUCAGUAAUAAGAAACGACGACCAGGCGAUGAGGAACUGUUUUAUUUGCCAAUAAGAGGACGAGAGACUUAUGAAGUAUUGCUGAAAAUUAAAGAGUCACUGGAGCUGAUGCAAUUAUUGCCACAACACACGAUUGAGAACUACAGGCAACAACAGCAGCACCUGCUGCAGAAACAGCCAUCGAUGCAAUCACAGCAGUCCUUUGGGCCCUCUCCCUCUCCGGUGAAUAAAAUGGCCACCAUGGGGAACAAGUUGCCAUCUGUCAGCCAGCUCAUCAGUCCGCAGCGCAAUGCACUCACACAAGCCCCCAUGCCCCCAGGAAGUAUGGUUCCUCAGAUGAUGAAUGUUCCAAUGCAGAUGAAUGGUGACAUGAAUGGGUUGAGUCCCACGCAGGGAUUGCCUUCACCAAUGGCUUCGACUUCACAUUGCACACCGCCUCCGCCUUACCCGUCUGACAACAGCAUCUCCAGCUUUCUGACGAGAGCCGGCUGUGCGUCGUGUUUGGAGUAUUUCACCACCCAGGGAUUGAUGAACGUUUACCAGAUCGAGCAUUUUACCAUGGAUGAUCUCAUCAGCCUCAAGAUUCCUGAGCAAUACCGACAUGCCAUCUGGAAAGGAAUACUGGAUCACAGACAGUCCCUUGACUUCUCAACUCCUCCCCAACUACUGCGAAAUACAAGCAGUGCCUCUACUGCCAGUAUGGGCUCCCAGAAUGAGACACGCGGUGAACGGGUAAUUGAUGCUGUCCGUUUCACCCUGCGCCAGACCAUCUCCUUCCCUCCCCGCGAUGAUUGGAAUGAUUUUGGGUUUGACGUGGAUGGACGCCGCAGCAAGCAGCGGAUCAAGGAGGAAGGGGAGUGAAGUGGUCUGGAGCAACAACCAUACCAAACCACAAAAGACAUUGUUCCAAACAUAUCUACUGAUGACAACAAUACGAGGGGACACUGUCAGAACAAAGUAUCUAUACUUUGAGUAUUCUUACUCGUAUUCAAAUUGGUUGCACUUAUCCAACUUUAAUUUGUCUUUAUUUUACUUUUUUUGUUGUCUUAAGCCCAACUGCCCAUAUAUGGUAGCUGUAUCAAAGCUUAUAGGGUGCUUGAGGGGCUAUGUGGGAUUUGUAACUGCCAUAUUUAUACAUCUCUUCCUGUGUAAAGAGGGUCAUUCUAAUCAAUGGUAUUGUUCAUGCAUCAAAACUACAACUGCAUAAAGGUGUACAAGUAAGUACAGAGUGAACGUGCAAGUGAGGAAGGCAGAUUGAAUGGAGUUGCUGGGCCUCCAUCCUCACACUCUAUCCUUGGUUAUCUUGCACUUCAAAAAUGAACUUAAUAUUUCACUGCCUGGGCUGAGGCCAGAAGUGCUGUAAAAGUACUUACAGGCACUAGAACAGUGGCUGGCAACCUCUGUGAGGAGAGGAGCAGUUAGUGUUAUUUGUUUUUUUUUGACGGUGACAGAGCACCAAUGUGCAACCAUUCAGUCUACCACAUGAAUUCAACUCCUGGAAAUGGGUCAAAGAGCCCUUACUGAGAUUCAGUUCUGCAAAAAUAGUUUUGUGUCUUUGGCAUUUUCCUGUUCCUGCUCACCUGCAAUGCGUCGAGGUAGCUGAGUGGUAUGUCUCUUCCAAUAGUGAAUUAUGAUUAUGACUGGGCGUAUUGUCAACUCACUUAGAACUCCAAAUGUGAUCUCCUGGUGCUGACAUGUCCUGGAUCAUUGAAACCAUAUGUCACCUACUGAAUGAAUGCAGCUGACAGUUAGCUAGAGUUGGGAUAUGAACCCUUUCACUUACAAGCUGUGAUGUGUUAGCUCGUGAACGCAGCCUUGAUUGAUAAUUAUAUUCUGAGAUUUGCUUUAAAUUUAAAGGGGCAAAGGGGAAAAAAAGCUUCAUGGCGAUCACUGAUACCAAAUUUUAUAAUGUUCCAGAGUUUUAUAUUGCGAUUCACCUCAACUUUGCAUUUCAUUUGCAGGAUGUUACAUGGUGUGAAAGUAGUGAUCCUGGUGGUGCUUGCCAGUUCUGCGGGACUGCUAGAUUUGGUUAGGUUUCAUCUCCUCCUCAGGAUAGGGAGAGACCAUUCAGCAAUCUCAGUUGCAUGGGACACUGCCUUCAGUCUGGAGCAGAAGCAACUUUUUGGGUUUAUCCCUAAUUAGGUUCACAAUUGUAAAAGAAUUCCCUUCUCUUCAGACUUUCCAGUUUUCACUAAUAACAAUAGGAUCCUUGUAAGAAAAUUCAAAAAUUUUACAGGAAAGAAAGAUGUGUACUGCCUUGUGACACAGAUGAGAUGUUUAGGAUCUUUGUAAUAUGCACCAUUCUUACUGUCUCACUGAUAUCUGUUGCUUAAAUGUCAGUGUAGAGUUCAUUUCAUAUAUAUGAUACUGAGACACCUGAUUGUUAAAAUUACAUUAUUAAAUUUAGUGAUUAAGAGCUGGUAAACUGAUCCGCAGAGUAGCGGCUUGAUAAAUGGGCUCUAAAUGGAAAAGCAGGCUGUGACUAUCGGUUUGUACCAUUGUCACCCAGUUAAAGAAGCCUUAUAAACCAGCCCAGACAGCUUUUUGUUUGGUGGAAGGGAGUGGGGGAAAAGUGGGAGGAAUUUAAAUUUGACUGAAAGCACCACUUGUACCAUGACUUUAACACGCUGCAGCAUUCUGUUUCUCUACUUGAAUCUGGUUCUAGGGUAGCCUUUGUGUUACUGUAUCCGUUUCAUAUGAGUCCUAGAUUUCAAUAUUUUGUUUUAUAUUCAUCUCUUGGUAUUUUGCUACAGUGACUAAGGCUGUCCUGCAGGUGAACUCCAAACAGCUUGGUGCUAAUGGCUGAGGUGAUUCAUGUCAUUGAAAUUCCUCGCAAACUGUGAAUUAGGGUUUGGUAGCCGCAAUCAGAAAUGUAGAGACACUUUUACUUCUUUUUAUCCCUCUCUUUGCAUCCUUCAAUUUUAUUGCACUUCAAAAACAAUUUCGAAAUAUCAGGGUAAUCCUUGCAGAGUUGUUCCUGUACAGAAGCCCAUGUUUAUCCUCUCUUCUUUCUUAUCCCUCCAAUACACAAUGAUCAAAUAACCCACCGGUGCUCAUCCUGUGACCUUACUCUUCUAGACCAGUCUGACCUGCUGGAAUUGUUUGAGCCUUACACAGGAUUGGAAGGAGAAGAGGAAUUCAUGUCACAGAUAACAAGCCAUUGAGUGUGCCUGCCCCACGGUGACUUUCACAACUCCCUUUCCGAUAUGAUCACAAAAACAGAGCACUGCUGGAGAUGUCUAUAGGUUUUCCCAAAAAUAUUUUUGGACUGUAUUUUGAGAGAAAAAGAACAAAAAAAGUCUCUACAAAAACAAAUGUUGUGGCUUUGAUUGUGCAGGUGUUAAAAAGGCAUGUGUCUAAAAUUUUAAAUGGGAGUUUGUCUGUAGUAGGAUAACAGUCAUAAAAUAGUUGGUCAGUUUUCAUUUCAUGUUGCUGUAUAUAUAUACAUUGGAGCAUUUUGUCAAUCUUUUUUAGAAAUAAAUAUAUAUAUAUGUAAUGUCUAAGGUGGUAUAAAUCAUGUAACUUUGUCAAACUGUGCACUCACCAACACUGGCCAGGCUCAGCACUCACUCAAUUAUUACAAUUCGUGGCUGAAUAAAUGCAGAGCCCAGUGUCACAUUAGCACUGUACAGAUCAGCACAGUAUGCUUGCAAAAUGAUAAUAUCCAGGGCUUAUAUAUGGGGGUAUCGAUUUUUGUUUGGUAUUUCACUGAAUAAACUGUACUCGUGACCACAGUAAUCAGAGAGGAGUGGGUAGCAGAUCAGGAUGCUGGCAGAUUUGUACUAUUUGGAAUCAAUACUUGUGUUUCAGUAAAGUGUAAAUCUGCUGCGUGUUGGAUUUGAUGCACUGUAGAGUUCCUUCUGUAUAAACUACCACCACAUUCCUUUUUUUUCCAGUAUUAAGCAUCCAAUUAAAAGUUUCUCAAGA